UAGGCAUGCUAUAUAUUUGACUAAUAAUUUUAUGUGGUACAACUUCAGAAACAAUGAGACAAAUUCACUUCUGCGCAUUGACAAUUUUGGCUGUUUUGCCACUUUUUUUGAAUGCAGCUAACAUUGUAUUUUUUAUUAAUGCAAUUGGGAAAAGUCACCUGGAUUUUGGAGAUUCACUUAUUGAUAGUUUGAAGGAAAAAGGACAUACUGUGGAUCUUGUAAUAGCUCGAAUAAAUGAUCUGGCUAAAGGAAAUGAAAACAGUAAAGCUGACAGAUUCUACACACUUGGUUUCAAAAAUGGCAGUAGCUGGCAUAAAUUGAACCAUUUGACAAGUCCAUUCGAGAAUAAUCCUUUUCCAAUUGACGGUUUCCGACAAUAUACUCUAAUUGGAAAUCAACUGUGUGAAAUUGCUCUCCAUGACGAAAAACUCCAUCAAUUCCUAUCCGAAAAAAGCUAUGACGUGGGAGUUGUUUCAGUUUUUGAUUAUUGUGGAAUUGGGAUUCUAAACAAAGCUGGAGUUUCUUCAAUUACAACUUUCAAUGCAGUACCUCUGAUGUCAAUUCAGACAGUAACAAUUGGACUUCCGAAUAUUGCUUCUCAAGUUGUUCCAUUAUUCUAUACAUUCGAUUUGGCAACACUAAGCGGAAAACUAUGGAAUCUGAUAACCUGGGCUCACAUCAACUUCCAUCAAAUCCCAACUCUCCGAAAAGAGCAAGAAUUAUUGUUCCAGAAAGUCUAUGGACCCAGUUUCAGUAUUAAUGAGGUCAUCGACAAAGUUGAUUUAUCAUUUGUGAACUCUAAUGAGAUAAUGGAAACACCAAUGCUUAUUAAUCACCGGAUUCAAUAUAUUGGAGGAAUCAACUUGAAAACUCCAAAACCAGUUGACCACCACCUUGACAAUUUACUUUCAAAGUCAUCAAAUGGAACUAUUAUCUUCAGUUUUGGCACUCAGAUUCCAGGAGCAGUUUACCCUCGAUAUGCAGUUAGGAAUUUUGUGAAGGUGUUUAAAAAGUACCCAGAAUACACAUUCCUAUGGAAAUAUAAUGUGCAACCUGGAGAGGAGAAGCUGUUCGAGGAUGCGGAAAAUGUUAUUCUGUUGGAUUGGCUGCCGCAGACAGAUCUGCUUUACGAUCCACGUGUAAUUGGAUUUAUUUCCCAUGUUGGUUUGAACUCAUUCAAUGAGGCAUCAUAUGCUGGAAAACCUAUCAUCGCGAUUCCUCUAUUUGCCGAUCAACCUCAUAACGCAAGAAAUGGUGUCGCUCGAGGAACAACCUAUUUAUUGAAUAAAUCGAAACUGUCAGAAGAAAGCAUUGAAAAUGGACUACGAGCAAUUUUAUUCGACAAAUCUUACACCGAAAGCGCAAGAAAACUUCAGAAGAUGUUAGUUGAGAAGCCUACAAAACCAAAGGAUCGAUUUGUUGAAUGGAUGGAAUACGCAGCAGUAAAUCCAGGACUUCAUAAAAUAUUCGCACUUCCCGGAGCUAAAAUGGGGAAUAUCGAGUAUUAUUGUGUGGAUACUAUUGUUUUUAUAGCGUUUUCAUGUGUAACUUUUACUUAUAUAUUUUUUAAAAUGGCGAAAUUUUCUUUGUCUUUUAUCCGCCUGGUAAAGAAACCAAAGCACGAAUAGAGCGUUUAGAAUGUAAUUAAACUUAUAAAAUUCGGGUUAAUUUAAUGUACAUGUUUAUGUUGUGAAUGAAUUAUUCAAUUUCAUGGUU